CCGGAUAGUAGAAAUAUUGAACACAUUCGUGAGGAACACGUUUGUAACGAAUUCAUUGACUGAUUUCUAGAUCAACAGUUAUUGAUGGCGUUUUCUAGUCCAGAGUCGCCUGUAGCACCACGACGUGUGUUUAUAAACCGUGUUGAAAAUCCUAGCGAAGAACAUGAAGAGCUCAACAAAAUGGCGCACGGGGUUGCAGAGAGUAGGAGUGCAGAUGUCUUCUCUAGCUAUACAUGUGGUUCAUUGUAUCAUGAGGAUAUUCAAAAUCAUCCAGGAGAUAUAGUAGAAGCUGGUUGUCUGGCAGCUCAGCAGCUACCAAAGGCCAAGUAUAGAUUGUUUGAGUCACUCCCACAAGAUUUGAUAAAAACUGGUAAACUGAGUGAUUUACAGCUAGAGGGUGUUUUAUAUGCUUGUCAGAGACAUCAGAUGAUCCUUGCCAAUGGACAAAGGGCAGGCUUCUUUAUCGGAGAUGGUGCUGGUGUUGGCAAAGGAAGACAGAUCUCUGGAAUUUUGUUGGACAACUUUGCACGUGGAAGAUGCAAACAUAUGUGGUUUAGCAUCUCAACUGAUCUGAGAUUAGAUGCACAAAGAGAUUUAGAAGACAUUGGUUGCUAUGUUAAAGUUAUUGAUGGUUGUCAACAGCUCGACAAAGAGACAAGAGUAUUUGGUUUGCCUGCUGAUUUUAAAGAAGGUGUAGUUUUUAGUACCUAUGCCACAUUGGUAUCAUCUGUCCAGAAAGGUACCAAUCGUCAGAGCAGACUACAGCAGUUGAUUGACUGGUGUGGUGGAGAACAUUUUAGUGGAUGCCUCAUAUUUGAUGAAUGCCACAAGGCAAAGCAUUUUGUACCAGGAAAGGAAGAAAAUAGCACAAAAAUAGCUCUGGCUGUCACUACUUUACAAAGGAUCCUUCCAAAAGCUCGUGUUGUGUACUGCAGUGCAACUGGAGUCACAGAUGUUAAGAAUAUGGCAUUUAUGGAGCGACUUGGCCUUUGGGGAGAUGGAACUGCAUUUAAGUCCUUUGAUACUUUCCUUGGCAGCAUAACCAAGAGGGGAUUGGGUGCUGCGGAAAUGUUAGCCAUGGAAAUGAAGGCUUCUGGAAUGUAUGUGUCAAGAGGUCUUAGUUUCAGACAAGCUGAGUUUGUAAACGUAGAGGCACCAUUAACACCAGACCAGGUUAAGGUCUAUGACACAGCAGUUCAUGUGUGGAAUGAGUUGAAGAAUUCACUGGAAUACGCCCUGGGUCGAACUAACACUGCAACUCCAAGGGUGUGGUCCAUAUUUUGGUCAAGUCAUCAGCGGUUCUACAAACAACUCUGCAUGAGUAUGAAAGUUCCUCAGAUUGUGCGGGAAGUUCAGCAAGCGAUACAGGAUGGCUAUUGUGUCGUGAUUGGUCUACAGACAACUGGCGAGGCAAGUUUAGAGAGUGAAAUAUCACGUGGUGGUGGCGUGCUUAAUAACUUUAUUUCCAGUACGGAAGAAAUCUUGACCAGGUUUAUCAUGCAAUAUUUUCCAACAAAGGUUACAAAAACGAAUGGGAAUGUUGUGGAAGACAAGUGGAGUGUGCAAGCCAAGGAUCUGUUACUCUCUUUUGUCAAGAAAAUUAAUCUUCCAAUAAGUCCUCUAGAUGAUCUCAUAAAUCAAUUAGGAGGACCAAAGAAGGUCGCAGAAAUGACGGGCAGGCGCGGUCGCGUGGUAAAAACAGAGAAACAACCUCAUCCUCAUUACGAGGCUCGAGAGUCGGACAAUAGUAACGUGGACAGUUUGAAUAUCCAAGAGAGAAACAGCUUCAUGAAUGGAACCAAACUUGUGGCCAUCAUAUCAGAUGCAGCCAGCACAGGUAUCUCGUUGCAUGCCGAUCUCCGAGCUGCCAAUCAGCGUCGCCGUGUUCAUGUGACCAUUGAGCUGCCUUGGAGCGCGGAUAAAGCCGUGCAGCAGCUAGGCAGGUCACAUCGGUCGAACCAAUCAAGCGGACCAAUCUAUAAACUUGUUACUACCAACUUGGGCGGCGAGAGAAGAUUUGCAGCGGCUGUAGCUCGCAGGCUCCAAUCACUUGGCGCUCUUACAAAGGGAGACAGACGAGCAGCGACUGGUGCCGACUUGACUCAGUUUAAUUUUGACACUACCUAUGGCCGAUCUGCUCUCAGGAACAUGUACCAGUCUAUAACUUUGCAAUCCAUCUGUCCAGGAGUGGCUUUAUCCAAGCUCCUUACUGGAGCACAACUUCCCGACAAAUAUGAAUUUACGGAGUUCAACGCGAUAGCCAGGCAAUGUCUAAUAUCCAUGGGUUUAACUGACACCACUUUUGUUGUAAAAGACAAAGAGGCUACUGAUGUUGGACGAUUCUUAAAUCGUAUUUUGGGUCUAAGCGUUGAAAAACAGAAUUUGAUUUUUUCAUAUUUCUGUGAGUGUCUACAUGCUACGAUUGAAAGUUCAAAACGCGAAGGAAGGUAUAAUGAAGGCGUGACAGACGUAUCUGGGUCCUCAAUCAUUAUGGUUCGCAGUCCUCAACCGGUUUUUACCGACUUCCGAAAAGGCGUCAUGGAAACGAAGCACGUGACUCUAAACGUUGACCGCGGGAUAGACUGGGACACGGCCGUGAAGUUGUUUCAAGAGCAUGGCUCCAAUAACUUGGAUGGCUUUUACUGCUCUAAACGCGAACAAAGAGGACAGCGGCUGUUUUUGUUAGCGAUUCUAAAGGAGUCCUCAACACAUCUUUUUAACAUUACAAGACCAAACACAGGCCGGUCGCCGUUUGAAGAAGAGAAGACUGAAUUGUUACAUAAGUAUAGAAAGAUUUCACUCCAAGAUGCAGAGGCCGGAUGGAAAUCGCAGCACGAAAGAACAAGAAAUAACUGCAUCCAUGGUUUAGGGUGUAAGAAUGGAUCGUCCUGUAAAACUGGUUGUCGCAUAACUGAGAUCCAUUUGCUAUGCGGAGGAAUUAUUCCACUACUGUCUGCCUUGGAAAUGGCUAUGGAAAAACAUGCUGAUAAACUGGGACUCACCAAGGACAAUCGCUCUUUGAGAGUAGUCCGCGUCGAACUGGAUAGUGGUCAGCGGCUUGUUGGUUUACGUUACCCAGAGCAACUUAUACCGGAAGUGACUUUGUUCCUGAAAGAGCAAAAACAAGUUGACGCUAUUUUGGAAAAACAACGAAAUGGUAUCUUAGAUGUGGCUGCUUCCUCGAAAGAAACGUCAAAUAACUGUGUAGGGUAUGAAGAAGCGGAAUCUCCAAUCAACCCGAGAACUUUAAGCAAGGCCACAACGCCUCUUGUUACAAUUAAAAAUUUCUUUAAACCUAAAUCUUUGGAGGAAAAACCCAAGGUCACAGGAAACGAAACAGAACCUGUUGAAGAGACAUGUGUUGAUAAAGGUCGUCAUGAAGGAGAAUGUAGAGCAUAUUUUCUUGAGGAUGAGAUCACAAACAGUCCGUGUCUGUCGAAUUCAAGUACUUCUAAUGAACAUGAAAUGUCUGAUAACAGAAUGAAAGAAGUAAAAUCAGGCUACUUUGUAUCAAAGGAGUCGAAAGGAGAGGACUUCUCAGAGAGUGGGACUUCCACUUCUGAUCCUGGUAGAAGUACAAACGUUGCGCACCAUAUUUCCACGCCCCGCUCAAAAGAGAACGUACAACUUAAGACGUCUGUGAAAAGAACUAACUCUGAAGCGACAUCACGGUCAAAUAAACGACAGAGACAGUCAAGUAUUUUAUCGUCGUUUGGGAAAGUGACAAAUAAACCUGCAGAAAAGACGAAGAAAAAAGAGAUUUUUUGUCCGAUUUGUGGCGUAAAGUUUGCGAAAGAAGUGAAAAAUGUUGAGAUAAAUGAUCACAUCGACGGCUGUCUUGCUACGUAAGAGCUUUUUUGUAACGUGAUUCUUAAGCUCAGGUUAUUUAAUGAACACAUGUACCAUCAGUUGAAGGGCCAGGAUUUCUUUUAAUGAGUAAGAUGAGGAUUAUAAAGUGACUCUCACUUCGAACUGACCUGCCCAUCCCUUUUAUACUCAUGUGUUCCCGUAUCAGUGCUGUAUGUACCUUUUCGCCCACAUAGGUGUGCAGAUUAAAAGGUCGAAUCAUCAAAUUUGGUGAAAGUUUUGGAAUAAACUUUAUGAAAGAUAAAUUUUUGAUAUGGGAUCUUUGCACACUGCACUUAAUUCUGGAAUAUAAUUGACUGGGUGAAUGGAUUAUAACGCAGCGCACGAUAGUUAUGCGCUUAUCAGGCCCCACAGGGGGUGGGGUGUUGGUUAUCCUGAUUUAUGGCAUUCUUUUCUUUCUGGCAUACAUACCUGUGCGAUAUUUACGUAUCUCAUUAUGCAGUUAGUCAUCUCAUUCUUCCUGAGUUUUUGGUAAUUUGUAUUUUGACACGAGUCAACUCUAGAAAAUGUAGUUAUUUGAUGGAAGAAUUUUUGAAUUUCAAGGUGUAAUGAUAUUGAGUGUCUCAUCAUACCUCAGUUCCCCCUCACCCCUUUUCUCCGACGCUGGCUCUCGCCAGUGACUUUUGAUCCCUUCCCACCAUAUUUUUUAUCUCUGGAUGAUAUUUUUAACUGAAUAUAACACGUUUGGUUGCACAUAUCUUUAUAGCGCUGUGUAGUUCAGCGUCCAGCGUCAAUCGAAGCGACACAAUUACGUACGGCGUAUUGAUACUGUUAGUGUGUCUGAUGUUGUUUUAAUCAAGGAGGUGUGCUUUUCAGUAUUUGCUACGUAAAAAGUCUUCUGAAUGGAGACCCCUAUAGCCAGUACUAGUUUCUACAGAGAAAUCUUGCCCACCAUUUGAAAACAACAACUGGACAAGUCAAGUCAACAUUAGUUGAGUGUCAAGAAAAAUCGCAGUGUACUCCGAGGUGAAAAAAUGUGAUAUUCUAAGAUAAAAGAAAUCACACUUUAAAAACUUUACUACGCUGUAAUAAAACUUGUUAUUCUGAAGUAAGGAAUACACAAGGAAAACUUCUAUGCAUUAUAUACUGUCAAAAUAUUUUUCAAGUUAAGAAUCACACACGCAGUACAGUAUAGUACAGCAGAACCUCGAUUUAACAAACCUCUACAUAACGAAGUCCUCGGUUUAACGAACGAUACUCUUCAGUUCUACUUAAGUUACAAUAAAAUGUAUGGUACAGAACCUCCAUAUAGCGAACCUCGAUAUAACGAAAUCCUCGUUACAACGAACACAAUCCAGAAGCCCAAA